AGAAAACUUGUAAAUACAAAGGAAAGAUAGAUAUUUUCUUUUCCUUGGAUAUCCUUUGAUUCGAUCAUUUCGGUUUCCCUGAUGAGGUGAAAAAGAGGGCAAGAAGAGAGAGGUGCUAAUAGUUCUGAAGCAUCAUAUAAAACUUAAAGAGACCGGAACCCUAAAACAUCGGAAUCUGUUUUCCCGGACAGUAAUCUUGAAUCUCUGUAAGAAUGCGUUGUCGGACUAGUUGGGCACUUAAACUCCUCCUAGCUUUCUGUGCAAUAAUAUUCCCCGCUCUAUCUCUCCUUUUCUUGAAUCUCAGCUCCAUUAGCCAAACACCCCAACUCACUUCUCCGAUCUUGACUCAGCUCAACUCAGACGAUUCAUUAAGUUCCCAACAUCCUCACUUGCCACACAAGAAACAUGAAACUGCUUCACCCACUUGCGCAACUGUCGAAGAGAUGGGGAAUGCUGAUGGAGCUGCAGCUUCUUUCGAUGCUCUCUCGAGUCUCCGUGUUCGAACUCUAAUUCAAGAUCACUUCAGAUUACAUGGAGCUUUUAGAGUUCGUGGGCUGCCUCAAGAGCAGUUCUGUAGACGAGGUUUUGUAUUGGGAAAAGCAUCAGAGGCUGGAUUUGGGAAUGAAAUGUACAAGAUAUUGACUGCUGCGGGACUGAGUAUCAUGUUAAACCGUUCGCUAAUUAUUGGGCAGACAAGGAGAAAGUAUCCAUUUGAUGAUUAUGUGUCAUAUACCAAGCAUUCCUUUACUCUAAAAGAAGUGAAGCACUUGUGGAAAAAGAAUGACUGCCUGGGCAAGUACAAGAGGCGUCUUAAUAUCAGAAUUGAUGAUUUUGAAAAGCCUUCAGAAACAAAUGUACUUUGUAGUAACUGGGGAAAAUGGAAACAACCAAUUGUAUGGUUUCAGGGUACGACGGAUGCUGUGGCAUUGCAGUUUUUCUUGAAAAAUGUUCAUGAAGAGAUGAGGAGAGUGGCUUCUGUUUUGUUUUCAGACAAUGAGUUUCUUCAGUAUAGGCCUAAUACAAUAGGAGAGCUUAUGAGAGUAAUUAUCUCUCCUUCAGAGAAUGUUGAAGAAGCUGUUAAAUGGGCUCUAAAUGGAGGUCCUGAUCCACAUAUUGCUCUACACAUGCGCAUGCUAAAUAACAGGCCAGCUAGAGCAGUAAAAGCAGCUUUGAAUUGCAUAAAAAAGGCCCUAGUAAAUGAUUCUGGAUACUUGUCAAGACCGCGCAUUGUUAUAGUAUCUGAUACACCCUCCAUUGUCAAUGAUAUCACUCCGAAACUGCAGGAAUUUGCAGAGGUAGUUCAUUUUGAUCACAAGAUGUUUAGGGGGAACCUCUCAAGCAGGAACACAGUUGAGAAGUCACAGAUGGAAUUUAGAGUAAAAGACUGGGGACCAGCACCAAGGUGGGUUGCCUUUGUUGAUUUCUUUCUAGCUUCACGUGCUAAACAUGCUGUUGUUUCGGGAGCUUCGAGACGUGUUGGAACCACCUAUGCACAACUUAUUGCAGCAUUAGCAGCUGCUCGACAACUGGGUGAGAACCACGCCAGUGCUUCAAAUUUUACAUUUUUCAGCAGCUUUCAUAGUAAUAUAUUGACAAAUGGUCUGCGACAUCAAGUUGGCUGGGGGCAUGUGUGGAACAGGUUUGCUGGUCCAUUAAGUUGCGAUAAUCAGCCGAAUCAAUGUGCCAUAACACCACUUCUUCCCCCGGGCUGGUGGGAUGGUAUUUGGCAAUCACCUAUACUACGUGAUAUGCAUAGAAUGGAAGCAUACGGCGUAAAACUCCAUAAACUCGGAAAAGUGGAUACAAACCGCCUCCAGUCUUACUGUAAGUCCAGGAAAGAUGUAGUGAGAACUAUAUCUGUUAUUCCUCCAUGUAGUGGUUCGAAAUGUAGAUGAUUUUAGAUUUGUACGAAUUUCUUUACGCAUAUUUUUUGUCCUCUUUUUUCUAACGAUUGCCUGCUAAUCAUGCGUGUUUCCUUUGCUCUCAGAACAGGAAUAUACUUAUACUAAAAUAGAAGUUUCAAGUACAGUUAACUUUCAAAA